UGUUUUCCUAGCGAUCAUACAGCAACAUUCCAAAAUGUAUGUCAUAAUGACAGGGUCGCGCUGUUGGCUACGGUUGUACAGGUACCUAUAUGACGUCACCGUUUAUCAACGCGGAAAAGACGUCCAGAUGUUUGGAUUGAACAAAGCUAAAUUGGGCCUUGAAAGUAAACCCGUGCGCGGCCAUUUCGAGUCAAACGCUCCGUUUCUUCGGCGCAAGGUCAUGAAAAUGAAAGGAACCAGUAAAAGGGCGGAAGAGAAGGGCUAUGUCGCUCCCUACGAUCCAUUCUUCAGUGGACCAGUACGAAAGAGGAGCUGCACAGAUUUGAUCUGCUGCAUACUGUUCUUGGCUGUCAUAGCUGGUUACAUGGUCAUGGGAGUUCUGGCCUGGUUGUUUGGAGACCCUCGCCAUGUUCUCUUCCCCAGGAACUCCACCGGAAUGUUCUGUGGAGUGGGAAGGAAUAGAGACCAGCCCAGGAUGAUCUAUGUGGACAUACUGAAGUGUUCCACGACCACCAAGGUGAUGGCAGCAGCGCUCGGAGGCACACAGUGUCCCACCACACAGGUGUGUGUCCCUAAGUGUCCGUCUCACUUCUGGAUGCUGUCUGCUGCUGCCUUUGACCCCGACGCCAAUCCCAAAGACUUCUUCCAUCAGCAGUACUGUGACCACAGCCUCAACCUGACUACCACCACCUGGACUGUCCAAGAGAUCCUUGAUGCUGAACUUUGUCCGUCCUUCCUUGUUCCAAGUAAAUCAGCUCUGGGGAGGUGUUUGCCCAGUCUACGUGCUCUCAAAAGUGCUCCUUCCAACUUCACUCUGCCCGGAAUGGCCUCCGUCAACGAGACAGUCAACAGCAUCAGAAGCGCCAUGGGCUCACUGAUAUCAGGCUUCAAUAGAAAGGCCGUAGGAGUGAGGGUCUUUGAGGACUUUGCCUCCUCCUGGUACUGGAUCUUACUUGGUCUGACGCUGGCUCUGCUAGUCAGUGUGGUGUUCCUGUUGCUGCUGAGGUACCUGGCCAUUGUCCUGGUCUGGAUUCUCAUGGUAGGACUUCUGGUGGUGGGAGGCUACGGAAUAUGGCACUGCUACUCAGAAUACUACCAUUUCAGCACUUCUAAACUGAAGUUCGGUGAUCUAAGCUUCAAUACAAAUAUCUCAGUCUACCUUCAAGUCAAAGAGACCUGGCUUGCUUUCUUGAUCAUCCUGUGCGUGUGGGAGUCCAUUUUGAUUCUGGUGCUUAGUUGUCUCAGGAGGAGACUCUCUGUUGCUGUUGCUCUCAUGGAGGAGUCCAGCAGGGUGGUGGGUUACCUGAUGUCCACCCUGCUCUACCCUCUGUUUACCUUUGUUCUGCUGGUGGUGUGUGUGGCCUACUGGGGAAUGACCUCCCUAUACUUGGUCACAUCAGGGGCCCCUCUCUACAGAGUGGUGUCUCUUAGCGACCCCUCUGUAGAUAAGUGUAGUCUCAUCAACGGCUCUGAGACCUGCAAGCCACAGACGUUCAACUCCUCGGCCUACCCAUACUGCCCGUCAGUGCGCUGCAUCUUCUUCAGGUACGAUGACACAGGCCUGUUCCAGCAGAACCUGGUUUACCUGCAGGUCUUCAACAUCUUUGCCUUCCUGUGGUGUGUGAACUUUGUCAUCGCCCUGGGCCAAUGUACCCUGGCUGGGACCUUCGCUUCAUACUACUGGGCCUUCAGCAAGCCUGCAGAAAUCUCACCCUUCGCCCUGUCCCAGUGCUUCAUACGCACUCUACAGUACCACGUGGGCUCUCUGGCAUUCGGAUCCCUCCUCCUCACCUGCUUCCAGCUAGUCAGGUUGGUGCUGGAGUACCUGAACCAUAAGACCAGGGGUUCUCAGAGUGCCUGUGGUCGGUUCCUGUUAAACUGUCUCAGAUGCUGCUUCUGGUGUCUGGAAUACUUCCUGAAGAUCCUCAACAGGAACGCUUAUAUCAUGAUCGCCAUCUACGGGGAGAGCUUCUGUGUGUCAGCCAAAAAUGCAUACAGUCUGUUGAUGAGGCACAUCGGACGGGUGGUGCUACUGGACAGAGUGACAGACAUGCUCAUAUUCUUUGGCAAACUACUAGUGGUGGCAAUAGUUGGUGUGUUGGCUUUCUUCUUCUUCUCUGGACAAAUCCGCCUGCCUGGCGACACGUUCCAGGCCGAGAUGCUCAACUAUUACUGGGUUCCCAUCCUGACAGUGAUGGCCGGAGCCUACCUCAUCGCUCAGGGCUUCUUCAGUGUCUACAGCAUGUGUGUUGACACCCUGUUUCUCUGCUUCUUGGAAGAUCUAGAGAGGAAUGAUGGAACUAUGCAGAAGCCUUAUUACAUGUCCAGGAACCUGAUGAGGAUCCUCCGCAAACCCAAACCGUUUGUUACAGCCCUGCCAGAGUAGUAGUAACCUUUAACCCCUGAGUUAACCCCUAACCUUUAGCCCAACCCUCUUCUAAUAAAGCUAUCAGCAUUCU